AAAACCAUGGCUGCUAAUAAAGGAAUGGCCAUAGGCAUCGACCUAGGCACCACCUACUCGUGCGUGGGCGUGUUCCAGCACGGCAAGGUGGAGAUCAUCGCCAACGACCAGGGCAACCGCACGACCCCCAGCUACGUGGCCUUCACCGACACCGAGCGGCUGAUCGGAGACGCCGCCAAGAACCAGGUGGCCAUGAACCCCCAGAACACUGUUUUUGAUGCCAAACGUCUAAUUGGCAGGAAGUUUAAUGAUCCUGUUGUACAGUCGGACAUGAAGCUUUGGCCAUUUCAAGUGAUCAACGAAGCGGGCAAGCCCAAGGUGCUGGUGUCCUACAAAGGAGAGAAGAAAGCCUUCUACCCCGAGGAGAUCUCGUCCAUGGUGCUGACGAAGAUGAAGGAGACUGCAGAGGCUUUUCUGGGUCACAAUGUCACCAACGCGGUGAUCACGGUGCCCGCCUAUUUCAAUGACUCGCAGCGCCAGGCCACCAAGGACGCGGGUGUCAUCGCCGGACUCAACGUGCUCAGAAUUAUCAACGAGCCCACGGCGGCCGCCAUCGCCUACGGGUUGGAUAAAGGAAGUCAUGGGGAGAGGCACGUGCUCAUCUUCGACCUGGGGGGCGGCACGUUCGACGUGUCCAUCCUGACGAUCGACGACGGCAUCUUCGAGGUGAAGGCCACGGCGGGGGACACCCACCUGGGCGGCGAGGACUUCGACAACCGGCUGGUGAGCCACUUCGUGGAGGAGUUCAAGAGGAAGCACAAGAAGGACAUCAGCCAGAACAAGCGCGCGGUGCGGCGGCUGCGCACGGCCUGCGAGCGCGCCAAGAGGACCCUGUCGUCCAGCACCCAGGCCAGCCUGGAGAUCGACUCCCUGUUCGAGGGCAUCGACUUCUACACGUCCAUCACGCGGGCGCGGUUCGAGGAGCUGUGUGCAGACCUAUUCAGAGGCACCCUGGAGCCCGUGGAGAAGUCCCUUCGGGACGCCAAGAUGGACAAGGCUAAAAUCCAUGACAUUGUCCUGGUGGGCGGCUCCACGCGCAUCCCCAAGGUGCAGAAGCUGCUGCAGGACUACUUUAACGGACGGGACCUCAACAAGAGCAUCAACCCGGACGAGGCGGUGGCCUACGGGGCGGCGGUGCAGGCGGCUAUUUUAAUGGGUGACAAGUCUGAAAAGGUACAAGAUUUGCUUUUGUUGGACGUGGCUCCCCUGUCUCUAGGACUGGAGACGGCGGGCGGCGUGAUGACUGUUCUCAUCAAGCGCAACUCCACCAUUCCCACCAAGCAGACGCAGAUCUUCACCACCUACUCGGACAACCAGCCCGGCGUGCUGAUCCAGGUGUACGAGGGCGAGCGGGCCAUGACGCGCGACAACAACCUGCUGGGCCGCUUUGACCUGACUGGAAUACCGCCUGCACCUAGGGGCGUGCCCCAGAUCGAGGUGACCUUCGACAUCGAUGCCAAUGGAAUUCUCAAUGUCACAGCCAUGGACAAGAGCACCGGCAAGGCCAACAAGAUCACCAUCACCAACGACAAGGGCCGGCUGAGCAAGGAGGAGAUCGAGCGCAUGGUGCAGGAGGCCGAGAAGUACAAAGCCGAGGACGAGGGCCAGAGGGAGAAAAUCGCGGCCAAAAAUGCCUUAGAGUCCUACGCGUUUAACAUGAAGAGCGCCGUGAGUGACGAGGGUCUGAAGGACAAGAUCAGCGAGUCCGACAAAAAGAAGAUACUGGACAAGUGUAACGAGGUCCUUUCCUGGCUGGAGGCCAACCAACUGGCUGAGAAAGACGAGUUCGACCAUAAGAGAAAAGAGUUGGAGAACAUGUGUAACCCGGUCAUCACCAAACUCUACCAGGGAGGGUGCACAGGGCCCACCUGCGCACCGGGGUACACGCCCAGCAGGGCUGCCACAGGCCCCACCAUCGAGGAAGUAGAUUAGCAUUUUCUGGACCUACAGGGUGCUAGGGUGCUUCUAGGUGAAUUUUAUUCAUCUUCAAACAUCGCUAUGACUCUUGAGCUGACUGGACACGAGCCUAAGUCACCAUCCUUUGGGAUUCUGAUGGAGAAGUCUCCAUUCUACCUUUUCAUGCCCCCACCCUCGCGCUAUGAUCCUGAAAUGGACCUUUAGGAAACAAGGCCCCUCUGAACCAUUUGAAGAAUUUGGAUGUCUGCUAUUUAUUAGCCACGCCCCACCCUCUCCUCCUCCUGUGUGGAUGGUUGUUUGUCUCUCAGUAAAUUUUUUCCCAAAGGAAACACUUCUGGUAUCUAUUUACUGAGUCAUGGCCCUACAGCGUAUGUCUAGAUUCGUCAACACUAUGUAGGCCAACUUGGCCUUUUACUUGGAGCAAUUCUCCUGUCUCUGCCACCCGAGUUCUGAGAUUACAGGCAUGCUCCACCAUGCCCAGCUUUUUUUGUUUUUUGUUGUUCGUUGGAGGCAGGGUUUCUUGUAGCCCAGGUUUGCUUCAGAUACUCAGCAUCCAACAGUGACCUGCUCGUAUCUCAGCCAGCUUGUUCCCUGAUAUCUUUAAACUGUCGAUGUUCCCCAAAAUGUAAGAAAGGGGAUCUCACAUAGGACAUGAAUUUUGUUUAGGAGUUUGUUGUGAAUGAUUAACCUGCUAAGGGCAAAGGACUUGGGCUUUAAGUUCAGCCUUUCCAACAAAACUAUUUUGCCUUUUUUGUUUUUGUUUGGAGACUGGGUCUUAUGUAGUCUAGGUGUGCUUUGAACUGUUCAUGCUGCAUUAUGACUGGAAUUACAGAACAUUACACCUGCCAAGAAAAAAAAAUCCCUAAUUUUCUGGCACCCUGGGCCCAUAUAAAUCAGUUGGUGACUGUGGUUACUUCUAAUAAAUGUGGUUACUUC